AUGUUAAGUAGUCUUAGGAAAAAGCUUAACAAUGCCCUACAAGAAGCCUCAAUAAUAACCGAGAAUUUGCAGCAACAAUAUCGGCAACGUGUCAACAAUUCCGAUGUAAGAUUAAACCAAUUGGAAAAUUUCGAAAGUGAAAUCCAUUUUUAAUAUUUUUUUUUACAGAACCUUAAUCGCAGCCGCAGUUCCAGUUCAUUGGUUUUGUCCACAAGUGAGCUGGGCCUACCAUCGCACGUCAAUGUGGCCGCUGGCUGUAAUUUACUUGCCAAAUAUGAAGACGACUGGCGGGUGAUACAUCAAAACAAUGAAGAAAAUGCCCAAAAGGCGGAGGCUAUAGCCAAACAAAUUCAGGAUAUAGAAUUGCAGAUGAAUCAAAAACAAAUUGUUAUGAGUGACUUAGUACAUUGCCUAGCGGUAAUUCCGAACUUAAUGGAGAAGCUAAAAUCAUGCCAAGAAACAUUGGGGGAGGUAAAUCAGCUGAGUCGUACUGUGGAAAAGGAAUUGGAGAAAUUGGAAGAUCUGUGUGCGGAAUGUGAACUGGAGGAAUAUAUGCUCGAGAGGCAGUGUGAACUGUCGAAAUUUAAACAAAAGAAAAUGGAGGAUUUGGAAUCAUAUCGCCAAAAAGUUGCCGCCGAGCAUCAGGCGAGGAUACGCCAGCAUGAGGAGAAGCUCAGGACAAUACAAAAAGAACGACAAGCCGUAUUCGAUGAUGCCUUUCGUCAUGAUCUAAAGGAGUUCAAGGAGAAUGGACACAUACCAAAAAUUGAAAAGGAAUUAAAACCAUCAAAAAUAUCCCUUGAAGAAGUGGACUUAGAUGAAGAAGUUACAGAAACCAAAGAUGCUCUGGAAGAGUUUUUAAAUGGCUGA